UCGGCAAGAUCUCAAGAAACAAAAUUAGGGCUUUUUUGCUUUAAACCGUCAAAUCAAAUGCUGGAUUUAUACUGAUUUUUCGUUUUAUUUUAUUUUUGACUUACAAUAACAAUAAAGUAAAAUGGAAAUCGAUUCAGCAGCAAUUAGUCGGUGCUCAGUUGAACAUCAAAUGAUUUAUAAGCAAUGGUUUACUGCUGCUGAUUCAGAUGGAGAUGGUAGAAUAACUGGUGCCGAUGCUUUAAAUUUUUUUGUCAUGUCAAAUUUAGGCAGACAAGAGCUCAAGCAGGUGUGGGCAAUUGCAGAUUCUAGACGACAAGGCUUCCUUGGCUUGAAAGAGUUCAUUACUGCAAUGCAGUUGAUUUCUAUGGCACAAGCUGGGCAUGCUAUAAGCAAUGACGUCUUAAAUUCUGAUGUUGAUUUUGAAAAUCUGAAACCACCAGUGAUGGAUGGUCUGGAUAUCUUACUAGCUAAGAAACAACGCCGGCAAAGUGAUUCUGAAACAAAUGGUACUUCACAGCCACAACCACAAUCAGCAUCAGCUGGUUGGUUUACUUCUUCAAAAUCUGCAAAGAAGGUUCCCUUGACUGCUGUUACAUCAAUCAUUGAUGGCCUAAAGAAGCUUUAUAUUCAGAAACUGAAGCCUUUAGAAGUCACAUAUCAAUUUAAUGAUUUUGUUUCUCCUUUAUUGACCAACAGCGAUUUUGAUGCCAAACCCAUGGUAAUGCUUUUGGGUCAAUACUCAACUGGGAAAACAACAUUCAUCAAGCAUUUGCUUAGAAGUAGUUAUCCAGGAGCUCAUAUUGGACCGGAGCCCACCACAGAUAGAUUUGUUGUUGUCAUGAAUGGACCAGAUGAGAGAAGUAUCCCAGGAAAUACUGUUGCUGUUCAAGCAGACAUGCCAUACAGUGGUUUAACUAAUUUUGGAACCGCAUUCUUGUCAAAGUUCGAGUGUUCUCAAAUGCCACAUCCUCUGCUGGAGCAUAUUACAUUUGUGGACACUCCUGGAGUUUUGUCAGGAGAAAAGCAGAGAACUCAAAGAAGCUAUGACUUUACUGGUGUCACAUCCUGGUUUGCCUCAAAGUGUGAUCUCAUAUUGCUUCUAUUUGAUCCACACAAACUUGAUAUCAGUGACGAGUUCAAACGUGUCAUAGCAUCCUUACGAGGAAAUGAUGACAAGAUACGUGUUGUCUUGAACAAGGCUGAUCAAGUUGAUACCCAACAACUGAUGAGGGUGUAUGGGGCCCUCAUGUGGUCCCUCGGUAAAGUCCUAAACACUCCGGAGGUUAUGCGUGUUUACAUUGGUUCCUUCAAUGACAAGCCUAUUGAUUCGGUCAAAGCUGGGCCACUUGGGACAGAGCUAUUUGAGAAGGAGCAGGAUGAUCUUCUUAGUGACUUGAAAGACAUACCUAAAAAGGCUUGUGAUCGCAGAAUCAAUGAAUUUGUGAAACGUGCCAGAGCAGCCAAGAUCCAUGCUUUCAUUAUUAGUCAUCUUAGAAAAGAGAUGCCUGCCAUGAUGGGGAAGGCUAAAACUCAGCAGAAAUUAAUCGAUAACCUUGAUGAUGUAUUUGCAAAGGUUCAAAGGGAGCAUCACUUGCCGGCUGGAGAUUUCCCAUAUGUAGAAAGCUUCAGAGAGAGAUUGACUGGUUACAAUCUAGACAAAUUUGAAAAGUUGAAACCUAAGUUGAUUCAAACUGUUGAUGAUAUGCUUGGUUAUGACAUUCCAGAUCUUUUAAAGAAUUUCAGCAAUCCAUAUGGUUAAAGCUAUGCGAGGAAAAGUGAUGUUUUUGAACUAUGUAAUGAUGUAUGUAUACAUUCGUAUCAUUGUAUGUAGUCUAUUAUGCAGUGUGUACUAUGAGACUAGGAAAAGUGAGUAUGAAUAUGCUGCUGAAAACGUUCUGAAAUAUCAGCUUUUUUUACACAGUUUUUGAGAACGAAA